AUGAUUUACGAGAUUCAAUUACCUGAUGGACAAUGUUGUAAACGUCAUCAAAAUCAACUUCGUCCUCGUUCUUCUUCAAAUGCUCAAUCAUCCGAAAUAGGCAGUCUACCUGAUGAUUUAUUAAAUACUAAAUCGCAAUCAAAGACUCCUGAUUUUUCACAUUCAUCCUCACCGAAGUAUCGUCCUCGUCGAAAUCGAAAACCACCUGAUCGUUAUUUACCUUAG